CCGCCCAGUCAGGCUCCGGAACCCUCGCGGACUCGAGCUCAGGGAAGCGAGGUUUCCAGCGAGGGAGCAUGUUUUUGGCCCAGGGGAGACUGUGCACCCUUGGCAAUAGACCUAAAUUCCUGAAGACAGUUUGUACUUCAAAAAUCCUUGGACUCUCUGCUUCUGCUAAAAUGUCUUUGAAAUUCAAAAAUGCAAAACGAAUUGAAGGCCUUGAUAGCAAUGUGUGGAUUGAAUUUACCAAGUUGGCUGCAGACCCCUCUGUUGUGAAUCUUGGCCAAGGCCUUCCAGAUAUAUCCCCUCCAGUAUAUGUAAAGGAAGAAUUAUCUAAGAUUGCAGCAAUUGAUAGUCUGAAUCAGUACACACGGGGCUUUGGUCAUCCAUCACUCGUGAAAGCUCUAUCCUGCCUAUAUGAAAAGUUUUAUCAAAAUCAAAUCAAUCCAAAUACAGAAAUCCUUGUGACAAUAGGAGCAUAUGGAUCUCUUUUUAAUGCCAUUCAAGGAUUAAUUGAUGAGGGAGAUGAAGUCAUAGUGAUAGUGCCUUUCUAUGACUGCUAUGAGCCCAUGGUGAGAAUGGCUGGAGCAACACCUGUUUUUAUUCCCCUGAGAUCUAAACCUGUUGAUGGGAGAAAAUGGUCAAGUUCUGACUGGACAUUAGAUCCUCAAGAACUGGCAAGCAAAUUUAAUUCCAAAACCAAAGCUAUAAUACUAAAUACUCCACAUAAUCCCCUUGGCAAGGUGUAUACCAAAGAGGAACUCCAAGUAAUCGCUGACCUUUGCAUCAAAUAUGACACACUCUGCAUCAGUGAUGAGGUUUAUGAAUGGCUUGUAUAUACUGGAAAUAAGCACUUUAAAAUAGCCACUUUUCCAGGUAUGUGGGAGAGAACAAUAACGAUAGGAAGUGCUGGAAAGACUUUCAGUGUGACUGGCUGGAAGCUUGGCUGGUCCAUUGGUCCUAAACAUUUGAUAAAACAUUUACAGACAGUUCAACAAAACACCAUUUAUACUUGUGCAACUCCUUUACAGGAAGCCUUGGCUCAAGCUCUUUGGAUUGACAUCAAGCGCAUGGAUGACCCAGAAUGUUACUUUAAUUCUUUGCCAAAAGAGUUAGAAGUAAAAAGAGAUCGGAUGGUACAUUUACUUGAAAGUGUUGGCCUAAAACCCAUAGUUCCUGAUGGGGGAUACUUCAUCAUUGCUGAUGUGUCUUUGCUAGAUGCCGACCUCUCUGAUAUGAAGAACAGCAAUGAACCUUAUGACUAUAAAUUUGUGAAAUGGAUGACUAAAAAUAAGAAACUGUCAGCCAUCCCAGUUUCAGCAUUCUGUAAUGCAGAAACCAAAUUACAGUUUGAGAAAUUUGUGCGAUUUUGCUUCAUUAAAAAAGACAGUACACUGGAUGCUGCGGAAGAAAUCAUCAAGGCAUGGAGUAGACAGAAGUCUUGAUACAUGCAGACUGCGUUAUUUCUAUUAAAUGACCUAGUAUGGAAUUAUUUAGUGCUGCCACUUGCUGGAUAUUGAAAAAAAUAAUUUCAGUACACAUGAAAUUUAAAGGAAUGUUUCCUUCGUUAAUCCCAAUCUUGACAAUAUUCAGGAGAUCUGAUUUUUUUUUCAGCUGAAAUGUAUUAAAGCACCUUUUAUGACCAUUUUAUGAGUCAUUAUAGUGUUGUGGUAAGAACUGUGAGAUGCUGGUUGAUGCUUAACCUCUCUGUGCUUCAGUUUCCUCAUAAAAGGGAAAUAAAAAUAGCACCUACUUUAUAUGAAGUUUGUGAGUUGUUGUUUGUGAGCAUGAAAUGGACUGAGGUAUGUAAAGCCUGGCAAACAACAAGCA